UACAAUGACUACAAUAUAUUGCAUUUGACUUCACAUACAAACACAUGACUUACUAUAAAACACAUGAGUUUUGUUGACAUUUUCGGUGAUAUAUGAGUCCAAUAGUUAUACAACUUUGACGGACAGUCUCUUACAUUACCAUCGAUUGAAUGUUAAUUACAACAAAUGAAUUCAUUGAAGUCAUAUAAAAGAUGCCAUUCAUUGACCAAAUGCUGGCAUUCAAUCAAAUUAAGUCCAACUCUAAGGCAAUACUAUCACCAAAUGGUUGUUCCCGACAAACAAAUUGUUAGUACUGAAUGGUCGUCCAAAAGGAUCCGCAACGCAUUCAUCGAUUACUUUGUUGGCCAACAUAACCACUUACGGGUGCAGUCGUGUUCAGUACUGCCAUACAAUGACCCGACGCUACUGUUUGUGUCGGCCGGUAUGAACCAAUUCAAGACUGUCUUUCUCAACAAACUGUUAUCAAAUGACCCGAUGAAUGAUUACCGACGGGUUGUUAACUCACAGAAAUGUAUUCGUGUCGGUGGCAAACAUUGUGAUCUCAAUAAUGUUGGAACUGAUGGAAGACAUCACACAUUUUUCGAGAUGUUGGGCAACUGGUCUUUCGGUGAUUAUCAUAAAAAAGAGUCGUGUCAUAUGGCUUGGGAUUUAUUAACAAAUGUUUAUAAAUUGGAUCCAAAGAGAUUGAUUGUUACAUAUUUUGGUGGCGAUCAAAGACUAGGUUUAGGACCUGAUCUCGAAACCAAAGAUAUAUGGCUACAAAUUGGUUUACCAAAUGAAAGGGUUAUACCCUUGGGAUCAAAAGACAAUUUUUGGGAAAUGUCUGAAACGGGUCCGUGCGGUAUAUGCACUGAAAUCCACUAUUUAUUAGACACAAUAGACAGUUGUGAUGUUAAAGUCUUAAUGAAUAAUUGCAUUGAAAUUUGGAAUUUAGUAUUUAUUCAAUUUAAUAGAAAAUCAGACGGAAGUCUAGAACCAUUGCACAAACAUUUUGUUGACACAGGAAUGGGUUUAGAAAGAAUUGUAUCAGUUAUUCAAAAUGUGAAAUCUAAUUAUGAAACCGAUUUAUUUUUGCCUUAUUUUCAUUAUAUUCAAAAUUUGAGUCAUUGUAAGCCUUAUGGACACAGUUUUAAGGAUUCAUUGGAUAUAUCGUACCGUAUUCUGUCAGAUCACUCAAGAAUGAUGACUAUUGCUAUAAGCGAUGGACUCAGACCUGGAUACAGGGGAACGGGAUUUAUAUUACGAAAAAUAAUUCGAAAAUCCAUUGGUAUUGCAGCCAAUGAUUUUGGUAUUUCAUGUCCGCGACAACUAUUACACGGACUUUCAUCCAUUACUAUUGAAUUAUUGGGUGAAGCCUUUCCUCAACUUAACAAUAACUCUAAACUUAUUAACGAUGUCAUCAUUGAUGAGAUCCAGAAAUAUGAAUCAGUUGUUUCAGACAAUAAACAUCUCGUCAAAGCAUUGAACAAAAUUAAUAUAAAAUAUUCAAUAAAUUUGAGUCAAGAAAUUAUACAAAAAUUGAGAAAAAUUAGAGAAGAUAUUGACAUCAAAUCAUUAGAUAAUUCUAUUGAUAAAGAAUUUAUAGAUACGACAACAAAAUAUUUAUUUGUUAUUAAAGAUCUUAUAAGUGAUUAUACUAUUAAUUUAAGACACAAUUUACCGAUUGAAUUGAAUCAAACUAUAGAUGAUUUGCUGCAAUAUUUGGAUAAUUACGAGAAAAAGUUAACCCAAUUAUUUAGCGAUGAAUUGCUUGCAAUUCAAUCAAAUAAUGACUUCAACCAUAUUAUCCAUAAAUUUAAAACUAUUGGCGAUUCAAGUAUUUCUUUUAAGAUAGGAUUAGAUCUUUUCGGACACAAACCGAUGGUUCUCUUUCACAUCUCUCCAAAUGGUCAACAAUUUUAUAUACAGACAUCUGUUCCCAAUGAGUAUCAAAAAUAUCUAAAAGCUAAUGAUUGGUUGUUUAAAAUAUCAUCAAAACUCGACAAUUUUGAAUUGUUGUCUAAGAAAAGGACUCAUAAGUUAUCGAAAUUAAAGUCUAAUUCAUUAAAUGAGUUAAAUAAUGUCAUAGAAUAUGCCGAUAGUUUCCGGGAAUUUAUUUACAAAUAG